GAUCGGUGCAUUGGGAUAGAGAUGGCUGCUGCUCCGCUUAUUACUACUGUUGACAGUUCAUGCAAUGUCUUGUUCGACAAAGAAUAUAAUCGUAUGUGGACUGCGAAGCCGACCUCUCGUCUUGCCCAUGCCAGUCAGUUGGAUAUUGAUCAAGUUGCCCUACCGGCAAGACAAACGUCUAUUUUAUGCACAUUAGGGGAUUCUUGGAGUUCACCAGAAGACCUGGAAAAAAUGAUACACACAGGGAUGAACGUUCUGGUUUUGAAUAUGAGCAUGACUCCCCGUGAUACGUGCAAGAGGGUCAUUGAGGAUGUGCGGAAGAUCGAGGAAUCUCUUAAUUUCAAUCCAUGCGUUGCCAUUGCCAUGGAUAUGACUGCGGCUCCAGUACGCACGGGUCUCUUUGAUGGCAUGUCUGAUUUGGAAGUAGUUUUGGAAGAAGGUGGCAAGCUUGAACUGACUACAGACGAGGCUUAUAUGAACAAGUGCACAGCGCAAAAAAUAUAUAUCGACACAAAGUACUUCCCACAGCUCAUUCACAGUGUGCACAAGGGGGACCGGAUACAUAUCGAUGACGGAACAAUUUGUUUGAUUGUUAAAGAUACGACUUUUGAUUCCAUAAAUUGUCUCAUCGAGGAGGGCGGGUCUAUCGGCGGUUACAAGCGAGUAACGCUUCCUCGAGAACGACUUUAUCAGCAUUCCGUUUAUGCCAAUUACAUAAAAGAUCUAGAGUUUGCCGGCGAGUGUGGGGUUGACUUCGUUUUCACAAGUUUCUCAGAGAACGCCUCCUUCAUCAAGGAUGCAAGAGACCGCCUUCCGCCAGGAGUGAAAAUUUUUUCUAAGAUUGAAACGCGUGAUGCCUUUAAGAAUUCCGAAAAGAUCUUCAAACUGCAAAAACACAUAAUUGGCCGUUGCAACGUUGCCGAAAAGCCUGUUUUUGUUAUCGACCAACUGCUUGAGACCAUGCGGAUGAAACCACGUCCAACGCGCGCCGAAACUUCCGACGUUGCCAAUGCGGUUUUAGACGGUGCUGAUAGUAUUAUUUUAACAGUUGAGACAUCGUGGGGCAAGUAUCCAUUCGAGACCGUCGAAGUCGCUGACCAAAUCUGUCGUGAAGCCGAACGGGCCAUCUUUCAUGAUGCCACACGUUCAGAACUCAAGAUUUGUCGUGAAUCACGUUCUCAUUGGGCAUAUACUAUUAAGGACGUAACUGGAAUUUCUGCAGUCGAGGCUGCUGCCAGUUGCAACGCCAAAGCUAUUCUGGUGAUCACCACGACAGGGGUGUCGGCCAUAUCGAUCUCAGCCUCUAGACCAUCCUGCUCGGUCAUUGCAAUAACACGAGACAUUAAAGUUGGUCGACUGUGUUAUGCCUACAGAGGCCUUCACCCAUUUGUCUACACAGGUGAGCAUGCGAUUUUUCAACCGUCGACUCCUCCCUCUACUGUCUUAGGAAUUAUUCUCAUGCCUUAA